GGAGCUCGCUCUGGUCGGCGACGUGAGGGUGCUGAGUAAGUAUGGGGAAGUUACCCACAUCCCAGUCUCAAAAGUACCGCUCCUGAAAGCUAAAGGCAGAUUUUUUUUUUAGAGAUAACAAAGACACUUUGUCACUUUGCGCGCUGCCUUGGUGCAAAUCUUUAAUUGCAAGUGGGGGUGGGGGAUCGAGUGUCCCGAGCAACCCAAGCGCGAGUCUCCAGGCGGCAAGGCCCCCUUUGAUCAGGAAAAUCCAAUUAUUUGUGUAUAUACAUUUCCCACAUAGUGAUUACUUCAUUAAUUGUCCCGCCUUUAUCUCCUCCCUUCCCAUCCCCCCUAAUAAUCAGUUCUUUUAUCCAGACCAACAAACACACCAUAGGAGCUUUGUGGAUUCAAAGGAUUUGCUUUCGCUUCUGAAAGAGCCGCUAUUCUUUGAUGAUUGGGUAGCGGCAAACUUCAAAGCCAUAAAUCUUUCCUCUGACUGGCUGGCGGCCCAGCAAAGCCCUUAUCAAAUUCUUGGAGGUGAUCCUGAAGCGCUCAGAACGCGCGCGGGGCGAGCGAGCGGGGCGCGGGCGGGCGGGGAGGACUCGGAGGCACGCUGGGCGGCCGAUCGUCCUCGCCUUCGGGUGUCCAUGCCUCGGCGGCCGCGUCCCACUCCACAACGAGCGGCCUUGAAGCAGUAGCUAUGGCCGCUGUGGCCGUCCUCCGGAACGACUCUCUGCAGGCCUUCCUCCAGGACCGCACCCCCAGCGCCUCUCCGGACCUAGGCAAGCACUCGCCCCUGGCUCUGCUGGCCGCCACCUGUAGCCGGAUCGGCCAGCCUGGCACGGCUGCAGCCCCCGACUUCCUGCAGGUGCCCUACGACCCAACUCUGGGCUCACCCUCCCGGCUUUUCCACCCUUGGACCGCCGAUAUGCCCGCUCACUCGCCAGGCGCCCUGCCUCCCCCGCACCCCAGCCUGGGGCUGACGCCACAAAAAACACACCUGCAGCCGUCCUUUGGGGCAGCGCACGAGCUCCCGCUCACGCCCCCAGCGGAUCCCUCGUACCCUUACGAGUUCUCGCCGGUCAAGAUGCUGCCCUCGAGCAUGGCGGCACUGCCUGCAAGCUGCGCGCCCGCCUACGUGCCCUACGCCACCCAGGCCGCUCUGCCUCCGGGCUACUCCAACCUGCUGCCCCCGCCACCACCUCCGCCUCCACCGCCCACCUGCCGCCAGCUAUCCCCCGCCCCAGCCCCGGACGACCUCCCCUGGUGGAGCAUCCCGCAAUCGGGCGCGGGGCCGGGAGGCUCCGGGGUUCCUGGGACUAGCCUCUCCAGCGCCUGUGCCGGGGCCCCCCACGCUCCCCGCUUUCCUGCCUCAGCUGCGGCUGCUGCAGCGGCUGCAGCUGCCCUGCAACGGGGCCUAGUGUUGGGCCCGUCGGACUUCGCGCAGUAUCAGAGCCAGAUCGCCGCGCUACUGCAGACCAAGGCCCCCCUGGCGGCCACGGCCAGGAGGUGCCGCCGCUGCCGCUGCCCCAACUGCCAGGCGGCUGGCGGCGCCCCCGAGGCGGAGCCGGGCAAAAAGAAGCAACACGUGUGCCACGUGCCAGGCUGCGGCAAGGUGUACGGCAAGACGUCGCACCUGAAGGCGCACCUGCGCUGGCACACGGGCGAGCGGCCCUUCGUGUGCAACUGGCUCUUCUGCGGCAAGAGCUUCACGCGCUCAGAUGAGCUGCAGCGGCACCUGCGGACUCACACGGGCGAGAAACGCUUCGCCUGUCCCGAAUGUGGCAAACGCUUCAUGCGCAGCGACCACCUCGCUAAGCACGUGAAGACGCACCAAAAUAAGAAGCUCAAAGUUGCUGAGGCUGGGGUGAAGCGAGAGAACCCGCGGGACCUAUGAGCUCACUCGGGCACCUCGGAAACCACUCCCGCCCAGGACAUCCUUCCCGGCAUCUUUACUGGCACGCCCCGAGCAGACCAUCGAGAAAGUUGGCAGAGAGGAAACUUUAAAAACGAUCUUUUUAUUGCCUUCCUCCCAAAGCGUAGCUCUGCUGCUGUCCGGUCCUAGAGCGGAGGACAGGACAGGCAGGAAUAGGAACUGAAUCAUGGUUGAGAACCCUAAGUUACCCCAGGACAAUUGCAAAGUCCCAGCCAUCGCCUGCCUGGAAGACCUACAGGCAGGGAUUCCACCCCGGCCUGGCCUUUCUUGUAGGAUUCGCUGCUGAUGGAAAAAGGAAGGGCCUUAGAAGGUUCAAAACAGGGCUUGAGUUUUCACUAGGCCCAAUUCGGGCUUUGUACAGGUUAUUUAAUAAUAGCUUUGUUAAAGAGUAAUUAUAAUUAUAACAUUAAUAAAUGUUUCUGUUGUUCUCAGCUCCACCCAGAGCUAUACAGCAUGGUGUUUCUGUAAAGCGCUCAGCAGUUGCAGCGUGAAAAUAAAUACGUUCAUUCCAGGGUCUCCUCAGGAAGACCC